AUGCACGCACGCAACAAGCUCUCUUUGAUUGAUUUGUGCAAAGACACCAGGAAAAGAGACAAAUGUAAAUUGCAAUGGACCCCAGAGUCAAUUGCAGCCUUUGAACGACUCAAAGAGGAACUAGCAGGUGCUACCCUCCUGGCCCAUCCCUCCACUGACCUUCCAAUGAUGCUGAUGGUGGAUGCAUCAGACUUUGCUUUAGGAGCAGCUCUUCAACAGAAGAAUAGUUCCAUUGUCGAACCUCUAGGUUUCUUUUCUAAGACACUAACCAAACCACAGGCAAACUACAGCAUAUAUGACUUAUUUANUAUUUCUACAAAAAUAAUUAAACAACAGCUUUGUGAAGGAGUACAGAAAUUACAGGAAUUAAAAAAAGAAUACAAAGAUAUUCUUGCAAAAUUACACCAGACGAGUAAAAAAUCCUGUACAAAAGAGAAACACAUAAAAAAGCCGAUGAAUUCGUUUAUUUUAUGGAGCAGUAUGCACAGGAAGACAUUUUGUCAGAGAUUUCCCCAGUUACCGAACAGAGAAGUCAGUAAGUUGAUGGGCCAGAGGUGGAAACUUCUCUCCGAAGACGAGCGACAGCCUUUUCUGCAAAAGGCUAAAGAAUUGCGUGAAACGCAUAAAAAGAAUUUCCCGAAUUAUAAAUACUGCGCAGCAAAUUCCAAUUCGAACAUUAGUCAGCCUACCCUGCCUGCCGAAGCUCCUUGUUCCUCAUUCCAGUGUGGGAACAUCACCCAGCAAUGCAAUGAACACAUGUUUACAUCAGCCAGCAAUCUAUUGGAGCCACAAGUGCAUCCGGAGGAGGCAGAAUUGCAAGAAUUUUUAAACACAUUUAACAUUCCAGAUAACUGGGAAUCCAAAGUAAACAGCGUCGAUUUAUCAUUCUUAAAUAACUUGUAAAUUUAUUAUAAGUAGAUUUUACCAAAAAUUCAUUUGAUUGUAAG